AUGUUAAGAGGGGAGAAAAGUGCAAUACCUCUCUUGUAUCUCGCAAGAGUAGGAGAUCCAACCUUUCAUGAGGACGCUGGUUUGAUAAAAAAGCAAGCUGCAUCCAAUCAUACAUUAAUACCGGCAAACUAUCCAUUGGCUACGGCAGCCCCUCUACUUUGUGCUGGAAUUACUGUUUAUGCUUCGAUGGUACGCCGUAAGAUGAACCAACCUGGUAAAUCUCUUGGGGUGAUUGGGCUUGGUGGCCUAGGUCACAUGGCAGUGAAGUUUGGCAAGGCAUUUGGUUUGGAUGUAACAAUUUUCAGCACUAGCAUAUCCAAGAAAGAGGAAGCUUUAAGUCAGCUGGGUGCAGAUAACUUUGUGGUCUCAUCUGACAGAAAUCAGAUGAAGGCCCUGGUGAAUUCUGGUCUUAUGGUGGGAUUCCCCAAUGAAGUCAAAAUCAGUCCUGCCAACCUUCAUAUCGGUAUGAAAACCUUUUCUGGUAGUGUAACAGGUGGAACAAAGGAUAUCCAAGAAAUGAUGGAUUUCUGUGCUUCAAAUGGAAUUCAUCCAAUGAUUGAAAUAAUUCCAAUUCAAUCUGCAAAUGAAGCUAUUGAGAGGCUACUAAAAAGUGUUGUGAUAUACGGGUUUGUGAUUGAUAUUGAAAACUCCCUGAAAUGA